AUGCCACCAAAAGUCAAGACACAACAAGAGAAGAUCCAAGCAGUAGUGCUAACGGACUCCUUUGAAGAAUCGUUUUCAUCAAAACCGAAAUGUCUUUUACCUCUAGUUGGAGUUCCACUAAUUGAAUACACAUUAGAAUUCUUAAAUAACUCACAAAUCAAUGAAAUUUUUUUAAUAGUCACAUCAGAAGAAGUACAGCAGUAUAUCAAGCAAUCAAAAUGGAAAGUCAACGUCAUAAUGUCAAUGGAAUCAAGAUCCAUUGGGGAUGUAAUGAGAGAUAUUGAUAAUAGAGGUAUAAUUAGUGGAGAUUUUUUAUUGGUGACAGGAGAUAUAGUUACAAAUAUUGAUUUCAAUUCCAUAUGGUCAUAUCAUAAGACCAAAAAAUCAACAGAUAAAGAUUAUAUGAUGACUAUAGCAUUAACCAACAGCAAAACAAAAUUUGUUGGAUCAUCAUUUAUAAUGGAAAAUCAAACUAAUAAAUGUAUAUAUUAUCAAGACAUAGAUAAGACAAUAGAUAUAGAUCCAGAAUUAAUAGAAGAUGGAGAAUUUAUAAUACGUAAUGAUUUAGUGGAUUGUCAUAUUGAUGUUUGUACUCCUUUGGUGCCACAAAUUUUUCAAGAUAAUUUUGAUUACCAAGAAUUAAGAAGUGAUAUGUUGAAAGGUGUGUUGACAUCAGAUAUAUUGAGGAAAACUAUAUAUAUUUAUCAAAGUAAUGAAUAUUCAGGAAGAGUUACUGGAUGGAAUAGUUAUGAUUCAAUUUCAAAAGAUAUUUUGGCACGUUGGUGUUUUCCUUUAGUACCUGAUUCAAAUUUAUCUGAAACAUCAUAUGGAUAUGAAUUUAAUAAUAUAUAUAAAGAAGAAAAAGUGUUAUUAGCACAAUCUUGUAAGAUAGGUACUUCCACAGCGAUUGGGAGAAAUACACAAGUUGGUGAAGGAACAUCAAUUAAAAAGCUGGUGGUUGGUAGAAAUUGUAUAAUUGGAAAAAAUUGUGAUAUAUCAAAUUCAUACAUUUGGGAUGACUCUGUGGUAGAUGACAACACCAAAUUACAUCAUGUUAUAGAUAAAGAACCUUUAAGUUUCUACAAACUCAGUAUAAAUGGAUCAGACGAUUCAAUAGCAUCAAUGAAGAAGAAAAAAACCAAAAGAAGAUUCUCCACCAACUCCGUAUUAUCAGAACCAGAAGAAGAUUUUGCAAUUGAAGGUUUUGCCACAGUCUCAAGAGCUAUUGAAAAUAAUCAUGAUAUAGAUACUGCAUUAUUAGAAUUGAACACAUUACGUAUGUCAAUGAAUGUUGAUUAUCAUGAAGUUAGAAGUGUUACAAGUGAAGCUAUUAUUAAAAAAGUUGUUGAUUUUAUAUCUACAGAUACUUUGAAACCACAAGAAGCAACAUUGAAACUAUUUACAAAUUGGGGUAAAAUGUUUAAAAGACAAACUUUUGGAGCUGAGGGUGAAGUUGAUUUAUUGAAUAUAUUGGAAGAGGAAAUUACUGAUUUGGAUGAAAGUUAUAAUCAAGUUGUUCUAUUUUGUGUGGUAAAGACAUUAUAUGAUUUAGAGAUUAUCGAAGAGGAGAAUAUUUUGAGGUGGUGGUCUACAAAUGGUGAAACAAAAGUCAGAGAAUUAACCAAAAAAUUCAUAACAUGGUUAGAAGAGGCAGAAGAAGAUAGUGAUGAAGAAUAA